AAAACAAACAAAAAAUCUCAAAUCUCUAAAAUAUCUACAUUUCUUUUUCUCAUUCUUGCUCUACUUUUUUUUCUCAACUCCUGCUCUCCGCCUCUCUCAUUCUUUCUCUCCACUCCCACUGUCAGGGCCGGCCCUAGACCAAGUUUCCUCCGAUCUCAUCUUUUUUUUUUUUUUUUUUUUUUUUUUCCGCUGCUGCGUUUGGGUUUUGAUUCUGCAGAACUGAAGAAUGGCUGAAUUGGUUUUGAGUUUUGACUUUUGAGGUUGAGAUUGCUAAAAACUUGUUAUUAUUCGGUGAAACUACAACAAUACUUUCUAUACAAAUCAGGUGCAGGACUGCUAGAAAGUUUCAGCACAUCCAAACACAAAAUAGAAAAUAAAAGACUAUUUUGCUGAGAAACAAAGUUGGAGGAGAUGGACUUACAUGGGAUGCUCGUCCGGAUAUCACUGAUAAGGCUGAUAAUAUCACCAGUACUGGUGGCAGCAGCAUCUCUAGUCAAGCCAGCUGAUGGCUGCCCCAACAAGUGUGGAGAUGUAGAAAUUCCAUAUCCAUUUGGCUUGACCAAAGGUUGUUCCCUGGAUGACACAUUUCUCAUCAAUUGCAGCAAUAAAGUAGCAAAAACAGAUACUCUCACUGUGACAAACAUAUCCAUUGAGGCUCACGACUUGCAUAUCAUGCAAUUUGUAGCCCGAGACUGUUACAAAAAGACAGGUGAAGUACAGGAACAGAUUAAUGCCUCCCUCUCUACAGCCAUGUACACCAUUUCCAGGUUAAAAAAUAAGUUCACCGUUGUUGGAUGUGACACUUCUGCAUACCUUCAUGGGUUCCAGAAAGGAAAACCGUACACGAUCGGGUGCACGUCUGUAUGUAAUAGCCUUCGCAAUGUGGUCGAUGGGUCAUGCUCUGGUGUUGGGUGUUGCGAGGUAGCAAUUCCUGAUGGAUCAGAUUCUAUAUCAGUAGAACUAAAAAGUUUUAACAAUCAUACAAAUGUAUCAAACUUCAAUCCCUGCGGCUAUGCUUUUGUCGUGGAACAAGGAAAGUUCUGUUUCUCCCAUCAUCACCUCCGUAACCUAUCAAUUGACAAGCUCCCUAUGGUGCUUAAAUGGGCAGUUGGGAAUGAGACAUGCCAAGAAGCAGCUAAAAAAAAAAAGAAAAUCGUAUGUAAGGGAAAUAGCGAAUGCACAGACUCCCCUACCUUCUCAGGAUACCGAUGCAACUGCAAGUCGGGUUACAGAGGGAACCCAUACCUUUCCCAUGGUUGCCAAGACAUUGACGAGUGUGAGAAUCCAACUCUCAAUGAUUGCACAAAAGCAAAACAUUGUGUCAACACAAAAGGGGGUUAUAAAUGUGGUUGUCCAAAGUUGUACCAUGGGAAUGGAAGAAAAAAUGGUGAAGGUUGUAUUGCGGAUCCCCUACUCGUGCUUAAGAUUGCCUUUGUUGCUGGAAUAAGCUUAAUUGCUAUAGUUGUGGUUUGCUCUUGGUUGUACUUUGUAAUCAAGAAAAGAAGGCUAGACAAGCUUAAAGAAAAAUAUUUUCGACAAAAUGGAGGAUUGAUUUUGCAACAACAACUAUCUAUUGAAGAAGGAUCUAGUAAAACAUUCAAAGUCUUCACUGCUAAAGAGCUAAAAAAGGCUACUAGCUACUAUGAUAAGAGCAAGAUCAUUGGCAGAGGAGGUUAUGGCACAGUUUAUAAAGGAUUUUUUCCAGAUAAUAGGAUUGUUGCAAUUAAGAAGCCCAAAACCGUAGAUGAAAACCAAAUAGAGCAGUUCAUUAACGAAGUGGUUGUUCUCUCCCAAAUCAACCAUAGGAAUGUAGUCAAAUUAUUAGGUUGUUGUUUAGAGACACGAGUUCCUUUAUUAGUCUAUGAAUAUGUCUCUAAUGGUGCCCUCUUCAAUCACAUACAUAAAGAAAGCAUCGCAUACACCAUAUCAUUAUCAUGGAAAACUCGUUUGAGGAUAGCUGUAGAAAUAGCAGACGCACUAUCGUAUUUGCACUCCGCAGCUUCUAUACCUAUAAUUCAUAGAGAUGUCAAGACUACAAACAUACUGCUCGAUGAAGAUUUUAUUGCAAAAGUCUCUGACUUUGGAACUUCAAGGUUGGUUCCCCAAGAUCAAAAGCAAUUAGUUACUAUAGUACAAGGAACUCUUGGAUAUUUGGAUCCUGAAUACAUGCAAACAAAUCAAUUGACGGAAAAAAGUGAUGUUUAUAGCUUUGGAGUGGUCCUUGUGGAGCUACUAACAGGACAGAAGGCACUUUCAUUUGCUAGGCCUGAAGAACAAAGAAGUCUAGCUAUGUACUUUCUUUACUCAUUGAAAGAGAAUCAAUUAUUUGAAAUUCUUGAAAAUGGUAUAGUGGAACAGAGUAACAUGGAGCAAGUCAAGGAAUUUGCGAAGCUUGCAGCGAAGUGCUUAGAGGUAAAAGGAGAUGAGAGGCCUACUAUGAAGGAAGUUGCAAUUGAGUUAGAUGGACUGAGAAAGAUGGAGAAGCAUCCGUGGGAUAAUGUUGAAUCAAAUUGAAUGGAGGAGACCGGGCCCUUGAUUGGUGAAUGUUGAACGGUGAGACAUUUGGCGAUUAAAAAUAUCGUGAUCAACUCUAUCAUAGUAUAAUGAAACUAUUGGGAUUGAUAGCAUGUAAUCCUAUGUAUAAUUAGUGAGCUUUGAGAGGUAGAUGAACAUCUCCCACGAUGUCAUGCAACUAUCUUUUAUUAUCGUUUUUUGAUAACCUUAGUGUUCUCUUUAUUAUUGGUCCAUGUAGAAAUCUGGUAUUGGUUUAUGCCAUCAUGCCAAGCUUUGCAUUA